AUGAAGUUCUUCAAUCUUGCUCUGGCGGCCCUGCCCAUGGCUUCCGCCGUCAAUGUUCGCGCCAACAGCACUCCUGCUACUCCCAGCAACAGCUUGGCCACCCCAACCCCGGCCUCUUCGAGCAUCAACAUCUGCGAGGGUCCUCAUACUUUCAUUCCUCUCUCCUCGGGCGGCGCCACUCCAGUCUCAAGCAGCGUUCGCGCUUCAUCAGUUUCCACCAGCGCCGCUCCCGCCAACACCUUGAUUGGUGGAGGCAAUACUGAUGCUUACUGCCCACCCAAGGACGAUCUCCCUAAUGGUUUCAUUCCUAUCGGAGGAACCUCACGUCCUGCCUCUAGCUCUACCUCCAAGCCUAGCACUCCCAGCAGCAGCGCAACUGGCACGGCUUCCACUUCUGCUGGUGCCAAUGGUGAUGGCAAGUCCUCGACCAAGGCCACCGGUGGCAGCGGCACCGUCCCUACUCAGACCAGCAAGCCUGCCAUUACCGACCUCCCCCUUUCAACAAGCACCUACACUGCUACCCAGACUUAUACCAUCACCAAGUGCCCGCCCGAGGUCACCAACUGCCCCGUCGGCUCCGUCACAACCGCCACUGUGACCCAGUACACGACUUAUUGCCCGGCCAUCAGCACCCCGCUGACUUACACGGUCACCACCACCGUCGCCUGCAAGUCUUGCCAGGGCGGACAGACAACCACUCCUGUCGUUGUCACCAUUGUUCCAGCACCCUCCAGCUCCAAGUCUGGCUCAACCACCACCCUGGGCGGCAACUCUCCUGUUGCUCCCUCAUCGGUUCCCGCUGCUCUGUCGCCGAGCUCUGCUGCCAAUCGCCCGGGUUCCAACGGCACCUUCACCUCUGCCCAGCCUUCAGCUAAUGCCACCGCCUCUGGAAACCGUCCCGCCGCUUCCGGUCCCACUUCUGGCGCUGCUUCUUGGGGCGUCCAAGGCCUUUUCGCAAUUGUUGCUGGUGCUUUGGUUGCUGCCCUCCUGUAA